AUGGGUGCUCUUCUUUCUACAGGAUGGGGCGCUGUCCUAGCGCAAGCUUUUCCCCCCAAGCCGCAAUUUAGCAUCGAAGAGAUCCCGGAUUUGGCGGGUAGAGUCGUCAUCGUGACCGGUGGGAAUACGGGUAUAGGGAAAGAGACUGUCAAGGUUCUCCUGCAACACGGUGCCAAGGUGUACCUAGCUGCGCGGAGUAAGGACAAGGCUCUCGCAGCUAUAGAGAACCUGAGAAGCGAGACGGGCAACGAGGCCAUCUUCCUGGAAAUGGACCUGACUCGCUUGUCUUCGGUCAAGAAGGCCGCUGAAGAGUUCCUUAGCAAGGAACAUGAGCUGCAUAUCUUGUUCAACAACGCCGGCGUUGUGAUCCCACCGGUCGAGCUGACCACAUCCGACGGGUACGACCUCCAAUUUGGCAUCAACGUCGUAGGACCCUUCUACUUCACCCAAUUGCUGAUGCCUGCGCUCGUCGCGGGGAGCAAGACCUCGCCUGACCACCACGCUCGCAUCAUCACGACGUCGUCAUCGGCUGCGUACCUGGAUACUUUGCACUGGGACACCUUCAAAGACGGUCCUGCGCGGAGACAGCAAACAACACAAGCCCUAUACGCGCAGAGUAAGCUCGCGGACGUGAUCGUGGCAAGGGAAUUUGCCAAACGUUACGCCGAUCAGGGCAUCAUUGCCAUGUCCGUCAAUCCAGGGAACAUACGCUCGGACCUCCACCGCAACAUCCCUCCCUUCGUGCGAAAGUUGCUGUUUGCAGUAUGGCUAUGGCCCAUCCCGUAUGGGGCGCUCAUUCAACUAUGGGCGGGGACGAUGCCCGAAGCGCUGAACUAUAACGGAGAAUUCUUGAUACCCUGGGCGCGUCCAGGCAAGUGCAGGGCGGAGGCGUACGAUCUACAAAUUGGUCAACGCCUGUGGAACUGGCUCGAGGAGGAACUCGAUGCUUUCAGCAGAUCAGCAGGUUCGACCUCAUAG